GCUGACUGAGAGACGACGUGUGGGCUUGUUCGCAAAGGAACUUAAAAUUUUGUGGAUUUUUAAUUUUUUUUAUUCCUGGCUGUAACCAAAGUGGAGUUAAUGGAAACCGGCCUUCUCUCUCAUGAUUCCCAUUCAUGAAUGGAACAGUGUGAACCAUCUCUGCUGCGCUAUUUGUUGAGACCUGCACAGAAGUCGGUGUGAUGGAGCAUCAGAGAGCAAGUUUCCAGAGUUUUAACUUACUCUGCUCAUAAAAAUGAUUAUUUUUUUGUUUUGAUUAUCUUUAUAAAACACACAAAAAACAACAACAACCCAGGUCUCUAUCUGUUGGAGGAAUUCCAUCCUGUCAGCUAUUUUAGUUCCUGUCUUGCUUUCACUAUUUUGUGAAAGGAGACGUAAAAAGGAAGGAAGGGGAGAGCGAGAGAGAGAGAGGAGGAGAGAGAGACGUAUACAGUCUGAGCGUCUCGGCGAGUGUCAGUUGUUUUCAGACGCAGCUGAGAAGAAAGAAGUGAAGAGACACCAUGGUUCGGUGGUUCCACAGAGACAUCACAGGCUUGCAGGCCGAGGAGAUCCUGAAGACUCGAGGCAUUCAUGGCAGCUUUCUGGCUCGACCCAGCAAGAAGAACGUAGGAGAUUUCUCCCUGUCUGUCAGGGUGGGUGAUUGUGUCACCCACAUCCGGAUCCAGAACACGGGAGACUACUAUGACCUGUACGGCGGGGAGAAGUUUGCCACCCUGUCAGAGCUGGUGGAUUACUAUACAGCGGAGAACGGCAUCCUGCAGGACAAGGAUGGCACCGUCAUCGAGCUCAGAUACCCCCUCAACUGCUCCGACCCCACCACAGAGAGGUGGUACCACGGUCACCUGUCCGGGCCGAAUGCAGAGAAGAUGCUGGUGACACGAGACGAGACAUAUACCUACCUGGUCAGAGAGUCGCUGUCCAAACCUGGAGACUUCGUCCUGUCGGUUCUGACGGACGAGAUAGGCAAAAAUGGGGCAAAGAGAGUCUCCCACAUCAAGAUAAUGUGUCAGAAUGACCGGUACACAGUCGGAGGUACAGAGAUGUUUGACACGCUGACAGACUUGGUGGAGCACUACAAAGUCAAAGGCAUCGAGGAGGUCUCUGGGAACUGGGUGUAUUUAAAACAGCCUUAUUACUCCACCAGAGUGAAUGCGGCCGAUAUCGACAGCAGAGUGAAACAGUUGGACAAGACCACACAGCAGCAGCAGGAUGGUGAUGGAGAGAAGAGCAAGGCGGGCUUCUGGGAGGAGUUUGAUGCUCUUCAAAAGUUGGAGGCAAAGGUGAAGAAGAGCAGAGAGGAGGGCCAGAGACCUGAAAAUAAGAGCAAGAACAGAUACAAGAACAUUCUUCCCUUCAAUGACACCAGGGUCAUCCUGCAGGACACUGAUCCUCAGGUCGUGGGUUCAGAUUACAUCAACGCAAACUACGUGAGAAACACCCUGCAGGAGUCCACGGAUCAGAAAGUUUACAUUGCCACACAGGGAUGCCUAGCAACGACUGUCAACGAUUUCUGGCAGAUGGUAUGGCAGGAGAACACGAGGGUGAUCGUCAUGACAACGCGAGAGGUUGAGAAAGGGCGGAAUAAAUGUGUGCCAUACUGGCCAGACCUUCAGUCCUCCAAGGAGGUGGGUCCAUACGUGGUGACCAAUACGUCAGAGAGGGAAGCUACUGAUUACAAAGUCCGAGUUUUGGAGAUUGCUCCUGUGGACAAGCCAAAACUUUCCCGUACCAUCUGGCAUUAUCAGUACUUGAGCUGGCCUGACCAUGGCGUCCCUCAGGAGCCCGGUGGUGUCCUCAGCUUCCUCACUCAAGUGAACGCUAGACAGGCCGAAAGUCCUAAUGCAGGACCCAUGAUCAUCCACUGCAGUGCUGGAAUUGGUCGAACAGGCACGAUUGUGGUGAUUGACAUGAUCAUCGAGACCAUUGACACUAUAGGUCUGGAUUGUGACAUUGACAUCCCAAAACACAUCCAGAUGGUGCGAGAGCAGCGCUCUGGCAUGGUGCAGACAGAGGCCCAAUACAAGUUCAUCUACCUGUCUGUGUCUGAGUACAUACAGACCACAAAGGCCAAAGACUGCGCCUACAUGGAAACCGAGACAGAGUAUGGAAAUCUGCAGCUCAAACACCAACCAGCAAGCAGGAAGGUCUCAAAAAGCAAGGACGACGUUUACGAGAAUCUGUCAAAAGGCAAGAAAGAUGUGAAGAAGCAGAAGUCCGACAAGAAAAGUGGCUCAGUGAGGAAAAGAUAGAAAACACUGAGAGGUUAAGUUUUACCAAAGUAUGUCAUAUUGUUAUAUUUAUGCAGGCACUGUUUUGUUAAAGAAUUUGUAUUUUGGUGGAGACCUUAUACAAAAUAAAAAUUAAAGUAGAGACAAGAUAACCCGUUGACAUCCGAUAUGUCACAUGAAUGCUUGGUUGAUGCAUUUGUUGAAAAUAAAGAACAUGUGAAAACGUGCAA